CAUCUCAUUAGACUGCGCUGUAGCCGGUCGCGCUGGCAAAAACGCUUUGUUCUGAGGAAAGGGUCCAGUUCACGUUUCAGUCAUUUUAACUAUUUUUAUAUUUCACAGAAAAGGUUGGGUCGGGUUGUGAUUAAUGGGAGAUAACACCGCAUUGUUAAAUAUAUAUAUAUCUGUAUAUCAGAAAUAUUUUCACGAAAGCGAUGGGGCAGCUGAGUCUCUGGUAACGUUUUUCAAGCUCUUGAGGCUAACGAAGAAGACUGCAGUGGUUUUGCACAACGAGGGAAGCACAUCUUUGAAUGAAGCAGUACAGAUGAAUCUGAUUCAACUGGAAACCGUUUUGUCCUUUAAAUGUAUUAGCAGCUAGGCUACUGGCAGGAGGGAUAUGUAUCUACCAUGCUGAGCAAAGCUAAGAAAGAGCAUCUUGAAACCAAGGACUGGAAAAUUCCACGGAAUUUGGUCAUGUAAUAUCACGCCAAAAAGGAUCAAUCUUCUUGGACCGUCACCACUGAUUGCCAUAAAAAUGAGGAAUGUUUCCGUUCAAUUGAGAUAGUAAAACACAGCGUUAGGUUACUCCGCAGUAAUAAUCGAUUGCUUUAAAACAAACAAAAAAAAAAAAACGUUAUUCCAAAUAUGAUGAUAAAAAUGAUUCCAAAAUGCCCCAGAACCAAGUUGCCUGUGGGGGCAGCCCUGUGUGUAUUUGUGAUCUGCUGGCUGUAUAUCUUCCCAGUUUUCAGGCUUCCCAGCGACAAGGAGAUUGUGAACGAAGUAUUGCGGCACAGAAAAGUAUGGAAGAAAAACCAAACAGGAAUCUCAAUAUAUAGGAAGCUAGUGGAGGAGUGCUGUGACCCCAGGAACCUCUUUGCAGUGACAAAGCAGAACACUCCGCUGGGAAAGAACCUUUGGUAUGAUGGAGAGUUAUUCCACUCACUCACAGUCAACAAUAACACCUACUCUCUGUUCAUAAAGGAGAGCCCAUUGCAGUUGCCCUUGAAGAGGUGCUCUGUAGUCGGCAACGGUGGGAUCCUGAAGAACAGUGGCUGCGGUAAACACAUUGAUCAAACAGAUUUCAUCAUGCGGUGCAAUCUCCCUCCACUCUCCAAGCAGUACACAGAGGAUGUUGGGACCAAGGCACACUUGGUGACAGCCAACCCCAGCAUUAUUGAAAAGAGAUUUCAGAAUCUGCUUUGGUCCAGGAGAGCGUUUGUGGAAUAUGUCAAAGCCUAUGAUUCAAGCUUCAUCUACAUGCCUGCUUUUUCCAUGAAGCCUGGAACUGACCCCUCUAUACGAGUUUACCACACUCUGUCUGACAUCAGUGCCAACCAAACCGUCCUUUUUGCCAACCCAGACUUCUUGAGGAAUGUGGGGAAGUUCUGGAAGAGCAGAGGGAUCCAUGCCAAGCGUCUAUCCACUGGCAUGUUCCUUGUCAGCUUGGCUCUUGGACUUUGUGAUGAAGUGACACUCUAUGGCUUCUGGCCUUUCUCGUUGGACUUGCAGGAGAGGUUUAUAAGCCAUCACUACUACGAUAACGUUAUGCCUUUUUCUGGAUUCCACGCCAUGCCAGAGGAGUUUCUUCAGCUUUGGCAUCUCCACCAAAGCGGCACUUUACGAAUGCAAGUUGGCCGGUGCGAUGAGGAAGUGGGCUAGCCCUAUAACCGUGAGCUAGACCUUGCCUAUUCAUUGCAUCUUAUCACAGAGAACAAGUAUUGGCAUUUCCUGUGGACAUAUUUCUUCAGUUGAUAAGGGCAAGUCAUUUUAACAACUGAAAGUGUGACUUUUUAAAAUUCCUUUUUUUAACUGUGAAUGCAAUUUGUGGGAACAUGUAAAAAAAAAAAAAAAAAAAAAGUAAACUACUCAGAAAAUAGCUCGGCCUGCACUGUGCAAGGACUGAUUUUAGCUAGUACAUUAUGUUAUUGCUUAUAGGGCUCAGGGUGUGGACAGCAUACUGUAAGUCCAUUUUUUAAAUUUUAUUUUCACUCCAGCAUAAACUCUUUAGUUGUAACAACUCUUUCCAAGAUUGUCCCAGAGACAUCAAUAUUAACAAGGGGUUACAACAAUCAUUUUUCAAACAGCAUAUACAGUACUGUACACACAAAGAAAUCCCAAGACACCAGCAACAAUAAUACGUAGCAAAGUAAACUAACAGAGAACCUGAGAAAGAUUGGUCUAAAAAUGGAGUAUAAGCUUUCAGAUUUAACAUAGUCAUAAACGGGGGGAAAGAUAUGCAAAUUAAUGAGUACCAGCGUCCAUUUUAUAUGGAGUGACAACAGAAGUAUAGCAGUCCUUAUGGAACAGUUGUACGGCAAGAAAGAUAUAUUGUGGAGAUUGACCGUUCAAAGACUUAAAUAUCGUAAAUACCCACUAGUGCUUUCAUCUGAGAAAGCCAAGUUAAAGUAGAAUGCACAUUACAAUGGUGUGUGAAGUAAUACUACUAAUGCACAAAUCUGCAUAUUAAAUAACAUGUCAAGCUUUUGUAAAAUAGAAGUAAUUUAGUAGCUGAUUGGUAAGCAGGAUCACCAUAUUCUAUUACCGACAGUAGUAACUGUUUGGCAAUAUAAGGCCUACUGAAUCUGUUCACAGGUUUGUGCUCUAUAGACAGCAUUCAUUUUAGAGAUAGUUCUUACUACUUACUGUAGAUGUUUUUUGGAAUAUAGGCCUAUAUCUACAGUACCAAUAUAUUUUUCUAGUUUCCUAGCAAUCAAUUCUGCAUUAAUGUUACAUGAUGCAGAAGGAUCCAAGCUUAGAAAAAUGUUUCACAGACACAAUUACCAGUUCAGCAUAGGUGUGCCAAUUACCAAUUUACAUCACUGCAUGGGUUCUAUCAUAACUGCAAUAAUAUCCAAGGAAAGGUAUUUAGAAAUACAUGUAUUUUAAUGGAGGGGCAAUGAUCACAUCAAAAAGAAAAACACUUUCUGUACUCUUCUUGGCUAACAAAAAACAAAAGGAAUAAAACAAAUCGAAAGAAAUCUAGAAAAAUACAGGAACAUUGAUUUCUGAAAUUUAAAAAUGUGAAGACUGUUCAGUUUGUCUUUUUUACUUUAUGGUAACAGAUUAGCUCAUACUUACAAGUGCAAGGCUUGACAGAACAAGAUUUAAACAGUGUAAAAAAUGAUGUAAAUUGUAUCAAAUAGAAUAGGAUUAAUGAAAUCCUUUUGAACUCAAAAGUUAGGCUUUUCUACUUCUUUGCACUUCGAUUAGCUUGAAGCUGGGAAGCUAGUUGUCAUGGUCAAAAAUUACAGUACAUUUACGUAGUGCUGCUAUGUAUUGCUUAGUUUGUGAGUUGCUUCAGUACACAAAUGUAGUAGCUAAACAGUCAUUGAUUGAUUGUCAGUUUUAGGAAGGCAAAUGUACUCACUGCAUCCAGAUGCUGGUCACCUGGGGCUCUAAAACCAACUAGUUACAAAGUUAGUACGAAAAAUAAUAAUUGAAUAAAUUCUGUUACUAUUUUACAGUGGCUCAUUAAUUUUACUCAAAAUGUAAAAUUUUGCAAUUAAGGAGUUAUUAAAAAUAUCUUGUUUGUGUAUGUUUCCAAUUCCAGUAAACACUGAAGGCUAAUAAACAGAUUUAGGGUUUCGGCCAGAUGAUACUGUUGCCAGAAAAACUUAAAUAAGGUACCAAUACACUACAUUCCUACCAUUGUCUGACUCUAUUGUAACAUGUUUAAAAGCCCAGUGCUCAGACCAGCGCCAUAAUACCAACCAGCACUUCAGCAUAUCGUCACAAAGUGUUCUGAAGUACUGUAUGUUUUCUGAAUAUUUUCCUGUAUGUAAUCAUUUUUGUUCACUUUGAAGGUGUACAUGUGCUUAUGUGCUUCUUGUUGGCUGAGAAAACACUUAAUUUAGCUGGUAGAUGCUACUAUACCAAAAAUAAGAGCAAGCUAACAUUUCAGGUAAAAAAAAAAAACUUUAGCUACCUCAUGUGUAUAGUAAAUGUCAGCUUCUGAAAGCAUGUAAAAUACUGUUCCCACUAAUAGGAAACAGUAUGUGUGUUGCUACUUAGAUUGCAGACAGAAAUGUCACAAUGACUAUCCCUUUUCCAGUAGUAUUCCUAACUAGAGGAUGAAAACUGGCAUUACUGCAUGGCAAAAAGUCAAAUUAGCCCUCCUGCCCCAAUAUUUUUGAAUAUUUGUGUAAAUCUGAAUAUAUAUUUUAGAGCUAAUUACUUGAGAGCAAAAAGCCUUUGUAAUAGAUAAAAAGGAAUGAUUGAUACAUACAGUGUGCAAAGGUUAAAAUGCUGGAAUGGGAAAAUCUUGAUACUGACAUUCUGCAGAGUCUCCACGAGUGUAUAUGUAAACCAGACAGAUUAACUGUAUUUGACAUUUAAAUAUAUAUAUAUAUAUAUAUAUAUAUAUAUAUAUAUAUAUAUAUAUAUAUAUAUAUAUAUAUAUAUAUUUAGAAACCAACUCUCUGUCAAGUGUUCUUUGAAGCAACCAUUUAAAUGGCAAGAAGUUAAGAGAAAGUGCAUUCACAGGGACUUGGAAGCCUUAAUGGAUGAUGAGCAGAAUGAAUGUUGUUAAGCACAUAUACACCUUGCUAUCUCUGAAAUUGUAAAGUAGUAUACAUUGUAUUUUAUUUUUUUAUUUUUCUUUUUUAUUGUAAUAGUGUGUUUUAUAUCAUUUACUUUUUGGGGAAUUUUAUUUUUGGAAUGACAAUACAAAAAAAAAAAUGAUUAUGUACACCAACAAGGGUACAAUAAAUAAAAAAGUGAAAAAAGUGAAUGUCUUAUAAAACAUAAUAAAAUAAGGUCUGUGGCUGGUACUGUAUGUGAUCAUGGGAGUUGUAUUUAUGGCAUGUGAAUAAGGCUUUUGACAAAUGCAUGUGAUUUUGUAGAAGUUGUUGAGUCAAUGAAAGAGGUUUUUCAUUCAAUGUUAUAUCCAGUCUGUAUUGAACUGAAGGAACCCUUACACAUCAUUUAAAUGAUUCUAUAAUUGGAAAUGUGGUUCUCUGUGUUUUUUCAAGGCAGCUGAUGAUUUUACAUCAGAUCCACUCAUAACCUUGUUGUUUCUCCAUCUUUUCUUCAUUUUAUGGUUUGAUUUUGAAAUGAGUCAACCAAAUUCUAGGAAAAUCAUGCCUAACUUUAUAUUUUAAAAUGGCUGUCAAUGUUACAGGUGACAUUGAUGGAUUCAGUUGCUUUUGAUACAUUAUAAAGUGGGUGAAUAUUUUAAAUUGUUGUUUUAAUAGUGAAGUAAGCUCUUUGUGCAGAUAUAUGAUACAGUAUUGUUAGUUCAUGACAUUUCAUGGAAUAAUUACAGUGGCACCAAGGCAAAUACAGCAACCAAAUUCUUUCAAAUUUAUGGAGCCUAUUGUGCAAGUACUGUCAGAGGUGGAAUGGGAAAUUAUAGGAGUGAUUUGGCAAGUGUCAUGCAUACACUGUAUCUUGCUUUAAAUCUGGCACGCAUCUUUAUUCUAGGGCAGUUUGGUUAUAAGGUUGGUACCUGAGUCCACCUUUUCUUUUCAGUAGUGGCCAAAGAAUCCACCAUUUUAAUUGGCUAAUAUAGCCUCCAUUGUUCCCAUGAUGGCAGUGCCGUGUGAAUAUGCAGUGGAUUGUCAAAGUGGAGUACAGAAGUAAAGUCAACACACUGCACAUGUGAUAGGUAAAUAGACAAAGUGGAGGCUAGUUUAACCAGAUGUGUAAGAAACGUAACCGUGAGUGGAAUAAAGUGCCAACAUUCAUGUCAUAGACGUAAUAACCAUUGAACAGUCAAUUCCCUCCAAGGUUUUCAAAUGUGAAGAAUUUAGAGUAAUUUAGGCCUCUCUUUAUUCUAUUGUGUCACUGUCUAUAGCUUUACAAUUGUGUUAAUGCAGUCUAGAAACAACUUUAAAUGAUUUCAGUGUGAAAGGGAAGAGUGCAACUGCUAGUGUUUGUCACUAUCAACAAAAGCAUCACAGAACUGAUUAUGCAUUGCAUUAUCUGAGUUCAGAAGUCUUAUAUAAAUGAAAUGUGAGGUAGUAAAAACUGAUAUGUGUUAGUUUGCAUAAGACAAGAAAAUGUUUAUUUAAAUAAUGGAUGUCCCUUUAAGAUGGUAUGGUUGGCAAUCAUAGAAGAAUUAUGGGUCGGUUAGAUAUAAUUAAUUUAAAGCUGUCAAUAAAAAAAAAGCAUAAGUGAUAAAUAAAUGGAAGGAAUAUA